AUGCACCCGCACCCGCACCCGCACCCAUACCCACACCGUUUCAGCAACACAGUGAUCGGGUACCUCAACCUGCUGACGCUCGUGGCCUCGAUCCCCAUCAUCGGUGCAGGGCUGUGGCUGGCGCACGGCUCGGCGGCGACAUGCGAAUCAGCACUGCAGGCACCGCUCCUUGCCAUCGGCUUCGUCGUCCUCCUGGUCUCCCUAGCCGGCUUCAUCGGUGCAUGCUACCACGUGGCAUGGGCGCUGUGGCUAUACCUCCUCGCCAUGCUACUCCUCGUCAUCGCCCUGCUCGGGAUGACAGUGUUCGGGCUGGCUGUCACAGCGGGCGGCGGUGGCAGGCAAGUGCCUGGCAGGCCGUACCGGGAGUUCCGGAUCACAGAUUACUCGGCAUGGCUCCAGAAGCAUGUCGAGGCCGAGCGCUACUGGCGGCCAGCGCUCGCAUGCGUUGUUGGGUCCAGAGCCUGCCCCAGGAUCGCCACUUGGACUCCCCUCGAUUACCUCCAGCAUAACCUCACGCCAGUACAGUCUGGAUGCUGCAAGCCACCGACAUCAUGCACGUACAGCGAAGGCAUGCCAAUUGGGCCGCAGGACGAGGACUGCUAUAGGUGGAACAAUGCUCCUAACAUCCUCUGUUACCAGUGUGACUCGUGCAAGGCCGGAGUGCUGGAGCAGGUGCGGCGAGACUGGCACAACAUCACCAUCCUCAAUGUCAUUGUCCUCGUUAUACUCAUAGCAAUCUACUCAUGUGGGUGUUGUGCUUUCCGCAAUGCCCGCCGUGCCGAGUCUUAUGGGGCAAACCGCAUGUCCAAGAUCAAUCCACGAUGGGAUUACUUCUGGUCAAGGUGGUGGAAUGGCCAAAGAGAACAGCUAUAUUAGGGUAGCUAGUAUUAUAUAUGCCCAAGGUUUCAGAAGAAGACUAUAUCUUAUCUAGGAGUUUCAAUGAUCACUUUUAUCCAAUCCCCGGGUGUUUUAGUGGCUGUAGAUAUUUGUCCAGGAGUAAAACAAAUGAUGAACUGAGGUGUGUGCUAUUUUUGUGGCUGUGUUAUGUAUAAUUCUAGUUGAUGAUAGUUAAAGAAUAUAUGAUUCUUGUCCAUGCCUGAAAGAACUACAGCUGCUGAGUACAUUGGGAACAAAACAUGUGAGGUGGUACUUUUGAAGAGAAACCACAACCACCAUGUGCUCUUGAUGUAUGUAACUACGAGUAAUUGUAAUACCUCGGCCUAUUAGUAUUUUUGGUCUUACAUGGCUGCUUCAAGGCUUGGGAACAAAACAUGUGAGGUGUUACUUUUGAAGAGAAACAACA